GGAUUGUCGGGGAAAAGUUUGAGGCAUGCAAUGAAGAAAAGAUUGAAGAGAAGAACAAAUGGAAAAAGAAAAAGGAAGAACAAAGGAAAUGGAAGGAAACAAAUGGAAUCCCAUUCCCAACAGCAUCAUCUUCCAAGGCCAACUCUUCUACUGAGUUGGAAUCAGCUAUAAAGCCAUCUCUAAAUGAUGGAAGUGUUUGUAUACUUGAACUCAUAAAACAGGAAGAUAAUGAUGGAUCUACCGAUGUGGUUACGGUUGAUGUCAACCAGGACAAUGUUCUUAAUAGCAAUCAACAGUCACCAACAAUAUAUGAUAAUAGAAAUACAAACAAGGCUUUAACCAAAUUAACAGAGAACAAGAGAGGUAGAAAGAACAAGGACAAAAUCAUUAAUUGUGAUGUUUGUUCAAAAAUAUUUAGCAGCAAAUCUGGACUUGUAACACAUAUGCGAACUCAUAUGAGUGAGAAACCAUUUAAAUGUGAUAUCUGCUUGAAAGUGUUCUCAGUUAAGUCAUCUCUUACUACACAUAAAUACAUACACACUGGUGAGAGACUAUAUAAAUGUGAUGUAUGCAUGAGAUCAUUUUCAAAAAACUCAUCUCUAAUGAAUCACAAUCGCAUACACACUGGUGAAA